AUGUGUGGUGAAUUUGUUGGUACAUUAUUCUUCGCUUUUGCUGGCACACAGGUAGCCAAUACACCACAAACUACAACAGGAAACCAAAGCUCGACUAUCCCACAGGGACCGAACCCGAUAGCUCUUCUCUACAUCAGUCUUUCGUUUGGAUUCUCACUUGCGGUUAAUGCAUGGAUCUUCUAUCGAGUCAGUGGUGGGCUGUUCAAUCCUGCCGUGACACUAGCAUUAUGCCUGGUAGGAGCAGUCCCAUUCGCACGAGGUGGUUUCGUCUUCAUUGCCCAGAUGUUGGGUGCCAUGGCAAGCGCUGGCGUUGUCAAGGCACUCUUUCCGGGACCAUUGGCUGUUACAACUGCACUAGCUGGAAAUACGAACGUGGCUCAAGGAUUGUUCAUUGAGAUGUUUUUGACUGCUCAGCUUAUCUUCACUAUCUUGAUGCUGGCAGUAGAGAAGCACAAGGGCACGUUCUUGGCACCAGUUGGUAUUGGUCUUUCACUAUUUAUUGCCGAGUUGGGAGGCGUCUACUAUACUGGUGGCUCCCUCAAUCCAGCUCGCAGCUUUGGACCAUGUGUUGCAAACGUGUUCUUCCCAGGCGAGCAUUGGAUUUACUGGGUUGGUCCAGCUCUAGGUGCUCUUAUGGCUUCAGGCUUCUACUGGUUCAUCAAGGGACUCGAGUUUCAGACCACCAACCCUGGCCAAGACUUUGACGAUCUGGAGCACAAUGCAUUCAAUCCCGAUGAGGAUCUUUCACGGCCUGUGGUAUCACCAAAUGCAGUUGUCGACAGAUCUGAAGCAAGAGUACUGGCGCAACUGAACCAGGAGGAGACGAGAUCAAGUGUCUCACCUGAAAGGACGAGAGCCAGCAAGGAAGGCAGACGUUCGUCCCAGACACUCGGUAAUGCCAACUCGGGAAGAUAUAGUGACAAGAGUGAGCCUCCUCGCCUCUGA